AAGCUGGGCCGGGCCCCGAAAUAGCAGCUUGGCAUCUGACCGGCGCCGACGAUUCGUCAGCUGGCUUUUGCUAGCGUCUUGGCACGUCGAACUGGCCGGAGGGGGAAGGAGCUGCUUCUGGUCGCAAGUGGAAGUUUGGGUCUUGCGUCUGCCUCUGCCUGUCUUUCCCACGACGCUCGUCUCCUGCUCAUCUCAUCUCGUUUCCAGGGGACACGAGCCAGGAGACAGCGAGUGCAUGGCAGUUGAGCAUCUACUUAACUUGCUAGUAUCUACUCUUUCUCUCCUUUCCUCCUCGACUCAGAAUAAUUUCCGUUCUCUCCCGUUCUAUUUCUGUCGCUCUCCCUCUUCAAAGUGUCGUCACUGUGUCCACUGCCUACGGAGUACUACAUACGGCCACAAGGUCUGGAACUGGGUCCUACCACCGUGGACCCUGGCAAGCGAGGCCGUAAUAACAUUAACAACAAUAAUAAUAAUAAAGUACGGCGUCCACCACAAACCUGGUCCUGGUUGUUCUCACGUUCGCGACCUCACCUCGCCGCUCCUCACCCGUUGCGAAGAGGAUGGGCAGGAUGGAGAUUUCUUGACAAGAUCAAUUCUUUUUUUCUUUUUAUCCUUCCCCCCCCCCCCCCCCCCCCUGGUCACUCGUUAUCGAUUCUCGUCAGCUCGCUGACGUCCACUCCUUCAAAACAUUCCCCUCACAAUAACUACUGCCUGACUCGCUCUUUUUUCUGUCAAGGCAGAGGCGAAUCUCCUUUUUCUCCGUCGAUAUUCAUCAUCGCAUCGAUUGGGUCGUCUUUUUCCCGGGCUUGUCCAUUCUC